AUGACCACAGAUAUAGCAGUACGUGGUCACGAUUAUAAUGGUCGAAUCGAAGAUUACGAUGAAUAUGACGAAAAUUCAUCGGCCAGGUUAUUCGAAAGAUCUCGAAUUAAAGCGCUUGCUGGUUUGUUAUUAAUUUGCUUUUUUUUCAACAUUGCAAUAUUUUUCAUAUUUGAUUAG